GUGAUUUCCCCCGGCGGCGUUGGGCGCUGGUUUAGGAGACGAAAAGGCGGCGCGCGGCGGAAAACCCUAGCUUAGCUCCUCUCCGGCGUCAAGUGCUCUCCGGUUUGAGGGCGCGAUGAGGGUGAAGGUGAUUUCGCGUUCCACCGACGACUACACGCGCGAGCGCAGCCAGGACCUGCAGAAAGUAUUCCGCAACUAUGAUCCAGCGCUUCGUAGUCAAGAGAAAGCUGUUGAGUAUACUCGGGCACUCAAUGCUGCCAAGUUAGAGAAGAUAUUUGCUAAGCCAUUUAUCGGAGCUAUGGAUGGGCAUAUUGACGCGGUAUCGUGCAUGGCCAAAAACCCCAAUCAUUUGAAAGCAAUAUUUUCUGGUUCAAUGGAUGGAGAUGUUCGCCUUUGGGAUAUUGCUGCGAGGAAGACAGUUUGUCAGUUCCCCGGGCACCAGGGUGCUGUAAGAGGUUUAACAACAUCCACAGAUGGUGAUCUUCUUGUAUCAUGUGGCGUUGACUGCACUGUUCGACUCUGGAAAGUUCCGAUGCUUAAAAUGGUGGAUACUAGUGAGCGUGCUGGAGAUAAUUCCCAGCCAUCAGCAGUUUACACCUGGAAGCAUGCAUUCUGGGGUGCUGAUCACCAGUGGGACGGCAAUCUUUUCGCAACUGUUGGUGCUCAAGUUGAUAUAUGGGAUCCUGACAGGUCAGAGCCAAUAAAUAGCUUCGAAUGGGGUAAAGAUACGGUUCUUUCUGUGCGAUUUGAUCCUGGAGACUCUAAUAUUUUGAUUACGUCGGGCAGUGAUCGGAGUCUGACACUCUAUGACUUGCGUAUGUCAUCUCCAGCUAGAAAGCUGAUAAUGAAGACAAGGUGCAAUUCAGUAUGCUGGAACCCUAGAGAGCCUAUGAACUUCACUGCUGCAAAUGAAGACACAAACUGUUACUCCUUUGAUGCUAGAAAAUUAGAUGAAGCAAAAAUUGUUCACAAAGGCCAUGUUUCAGCAGUGAUGGAUAUUGACUACUCACCAACAGGGCGUGAAUUUGUCACUGGUUCAUAUGAUAGAACAGUAAGGAUUUUUAAUUAUCUUGGAGACCACAGCAGAGAGAUUUACCACACCAAGAGGAUGCAAAGGGUGUUUUGUGUGAAGUACACCUAUGAUGGGACCUAUUUAGUCUCUGGCAGUGAUGAUACAAAUCUUCGUCUGUGGAAGUCCAAAGCUUCAGAACAACUUGGAGUUCUUCUUCCACGGGAGCGCAAAAAGCAAGAGUACCAGGAUGCUUUGAAGGAGCGGUACAAGCAUCUCCCAGAAGUCAAGCGGAUUGUAAGGCAUAGACAUCUACCGAAGCCAAUCUACAAGGCAGCCAACCUACGGCGUACGAUGAUCGAAGCUGAAAGCCGUAAAGAGGAAAGGAGGCGAAAGCACAGUGCUCCCGGGAGCAUGCCUGUGCAGCCCUUCAGGAAGCGGAGAAUCAUCAGAGAAGUUGAGUAGACAUGCGGUUUGCAUUGCAUGGUCGUGGUACACGUUUGUGUUUCUGAGGCGAUGGAGUUGAGAGAAUACAUGAUGUUUCCUUUGGGAGUUGAGCUCCAGUUUUGCCUUUCGUACUACAUAUAUGUGCUCCAUCAAUCAGUUUGUUUGACUAGUUAUUAUUGUGUAUUUGAAAUACCACACAAAAUAUUCAUAUCGUGCCAUUGCAUUGCAAGACCGUGAGCAAUCCGAAUUGAAGGUAGGACGUUUUCUC